ACACACACUUUCGGACAGUCACACUAACUAAAUGUUUAAGAACGACGUCGUUAGCUUAUGUAUAUAUUAAAUCUUGGCUGGAGAAGUUUCAGCUGAUUUUCACUUUGACAUCUCGUGGAUUCGAAUUGAGUGAUAGGGAUUUGAUCGGAGAGUAGAGUGAUGGAUUUCUCUGCGGUGAGAGCAGCGUUGGAUUCGAAGUCAUACGAGAAGAUUGCGGAUGUGUGCGACAACUUGAUGCUUCAGGUUGCAGCUGAAGGCAUUGCUUAUCAAGACGAUUGGCCCUACGCCAUUCACCUCCUCUCUCACAUUUAUAUUCACGACAUCAAUAGUGCGCGGUUUCUUUGGAAAUCAAUUCCUUCCUCAAUCAAAGAAAGCCAGCCCGAAGUCACCGCCGCUUGGAAAAUUGGACAGAAGCUGUGGUUACGUGACUAUGCUGGAGUGCAUGAAGCAAUCCGUGGCUAUGAUUGGAGUCAGGAUCUCCAAGGCAUAGUUGCCUCUUUUUCAGAACUUUACACAAAGGAGAUGUUUCAGCUGCUUCUCUCUGCUUAUUCUACAAUAAGCAUUAAUGACACAGCUUUAUUUCUGGGAAUGAAUGAGGAUGAUGCUACAAAUUAUGUACUACAGCAAGGCUGGACUGUAGACCCUGCCUCUCAGAUGCUUAUUGUGAAGAAGCAACCUGUUGUGACGGAGCAGAAACUUGAUCACAGUAAAUUGCAGCGAUUGACAGAAUAUGUCUUCCAUCUUGAGCAUUGAAGCCUUUUAAUUAUAACGGAAUUAGAAUUUUUAUUUUCUAAUAUCCUUUUUCUCAAAUUGAACAAUAAUAUGUUCUAUGUUCUUGAAGGUGCAUGAAAGUGCAUAUAUCCUGUCGAUAAUUUUGUAACCGACCUGUAUGUGUUUGAACUUUAGCACUGAUUGGUGAAAUUUGCAUCUCACUUGGUAGUUAUUCAACAUGCCUCUCUCAGUCUCAUAUGAUAGUGGAACAGUUACAUAUUUGCAUAUUAGACUUCCUUUUGGGGAGAAAUGUAUGUAUAUUUGAGUCUACUGAAUA